CAAUAACAACAAGAAGAACGAGUAUCGGUAUUUAUUACGGUACUGAUUGUCCCGCAUUUCACAAAACACAAGUUGCAACCACAAGGCAGGACUCUCAUUUACUUUCACCGCCUUUAUUUAGCGAGAGUGGUUCGUUACUAUUUCUUUCUUUGGUUUUCCUCUAUCGCUUGCGAAAGAGAGAACUCAUCGUUGCUCGAGGCGAGUUUAUUUAUGCAUUGAGGGAAGACAUUCUCAGAAGAGAUCGUUAUCGGCCGGAAGCACUUUUCUUUUGUUGACAAGGAACGCAUUUUCAUUGAUUGGCCUUGAAUCUAAAACUAUAAUUUAAAAUGCCGCCGCCGCUGCCACCUUCUUCCUUAGCAGCAAGACGAAGAAGCCGCAUGAGUGGCACCCAAACAUCACACACCGAUGAAAGAAACAGCGCUUCCAAUGGCGGCGAUGGAAAUGACGCCACUAAUCGGUCCGCGAAUAGAUGGCAUCGAGAGGAUGAGUCUCAAACCUCCAGUACGAGCAGCCGUUACGCACGACGGAUCUCGUCCUCCUCUGCACCAACCGGGUCCUCGACAGCAAGUCGAACGCACAGGAGAUCGAACAGUAACGAGGAAAUUGAACGUAUCAGAGAAAUGAGAGCCCGGCGAAAGAGAGCGCAACAGGAAGGCGGGGACUUGCAAAACGAACAAACCGAGGGAAGCGCUGCACUUGUCAGUAGACACCAUCGACGAGCGUCUGCUCCGAUUUCUAGGAAAUAUGGGGAUGAUUCGGGUUUGGGACGUAAGGGUCGGCGUCGUCAUCAUAACUUCAUGACAGAAGACGGAACAGACGAAUCCAGUGUCAGCACUCAAACAACAACGGCAUCAACAGCGGCUUCUUCUGAUGAUACGUCGAUACGCAGCGAGAUCGAAGCACGCCUAGCAGCAAGACGUAGCAAACGGAAGAGUGCGAUCGAGAACGGCCAAUUAUUGACGGACGUUCCAGAAGGGAGCAGCUCAAAUAGAGGACAUAGACAUACCCGGAGCUCGAUUGACGCAGCAGAUUUACGAGCUAGUCGAAACGUUCCGCCUCGUAGUAUAUCAUCGGGUGCACUGCGGCGACAGAUGGCAACAACCUACGAAGAAGCGAAAGGAAUAACAAGAGAAAAUCGUGUGAGUAGGACGAAGAGUACUGACCGAGGAUUGCUUCAAACUCGAAUCAGUAAUAGUGACGCCGAGAAAGAUUCGAGAGUUCCUACUAUAAUAGAGCCUUACGAGUCGCGCGGGAGCAGAAAAUUUAAACCAAAGCUACAACCACGAAGUUCUUCGAACGACAUUAGUGAGCGGUUAAGGGAACGGCGGGAAGCUAGAGAAAGGGAGCGAAAAGAACGGGAGAAAAAAUAUGACUUGAAAGAUUUGUCGCUGUCUACAGGAUCAGAAUCAACGCAGAGCAAUAGAGUUGGCAAUGCCGUUGAACAUACUAGAGUCGACACAACAAAGAGACCGACGAAUCAUUCUGAAAUGAACAUUGCGGAGGAUUUGAAACAUGAUGAGAGUGAUACAGGCAACAGCUCGAGUGUUCGACUAUGCAUUAUUUCUAUCAGUGAUUUACCAGCAAGUGUUGUCUCGAAUAUUCCAUUAUGUCCAGUUCUCAAAAUGGGCUUAGUUGAAUUGCCUGCAGGCGUGUACAAGGAUGGCGGAACGAAGUCGGUGACAUCCACAACGACGAAAUACCUGUUCGAUCAGGGUAUUCAAGCGAUGGGAUCGGCAAAGAUACGAUCGACAACUCCAAAAAUAUUAGGCAAACGUGAUAGCGGAACAAUAGAAUACCACGAAGAGUAUCGAUGGGACAAUUUGAAACAACCUCAGACGAUGGGUCUAUGUAUAGAACUAUGUGUCCAAGGAGUUCGCACGCCAUUGAAUUACAUGGAGUCCCCCCCUGCCGUUUUUCAAUAUGAUGCAUAUGCAUCGCCUUCAGGUGACACGUUGGAUUCCGCUGAAACAUCUCUUGGAUCUUCGCCAAAACUUCAUCAAGCGCCAAUACGUCGUGCGCCUCCAUCUCGAACAAAGUCUUUCGAUGCAUUGAGAAUUGGCAUCUGGAACCGAAGCAGGACACAGCAGGACACAGAAAUGGAAGCUGCUGAGGCUGCUGCAGCUGUUGCACGGAUGUUGGUCGAUGAAAGUGAACCAGAAUCAAAUGAUAUGGAACAGGGACAAUCGUCUAUGAAAAUAUCCGAAACACCGAACUCUGAUUAUGACGUAACUCUGGAUUGCUCUAAUGGCCAUUUAAAUGUUGGCCUGACAUCGGAUUCGAAACUGGGUGUUGUGGUGAUCCCUUUGGCACAGCUAGCACUAGACAAGGAUAUGAAAAAGGGCAAGAAUAUGCGUUUAGAGCAAUGGUAUGAAUUGGAUACAGGGGAAGAAUCAAAUGAUGUCUCAAGUAGACGAAAGAAACCCCGUGUCUUUCUUGAAAUCACUUUAUCCUCACCUACUUCUCUAGACGAUAGCGAAGACGAGGAUGGUGUUUAUGACGAAGACGAAGAGCCAUUAAAGUCGUCUUUGUACCAAAAUGCAUCUUUUUUGCGCAGAGCAAGUAUUAAAGCUCGAUGUCAAAACGGCGAACACAAGGGGAAAAAAGAAGAAAGAAAAAUUGAGGACCCUAUUCUCGAACCAGGAGUCAUCGAUUUCGUCGCUGUUGUUGGUUGCAAGAACAUCGGAAACCAGAAGAAUGAUGAAGGCAUGAAGGGCUGGGUCAAAGCCACUCCAGAGUGUGUGAUCAUGGAACAAUUCCCUCCGAACAACGAAUUUUAUAUGAACUCAGGGCGUAAAGCUGCCUUACCAGAAAUGCUCCAGUGGUUUUGUUUUCCAGAGGGUGCUCGGCUUUGGAGAGGUACAAAUCCUCCAACUCACUCUGAUCUCAAUCUCAAGAGGUUUUCAGCUGCAUCACCUCAAAACUUAGCGUCGUCGAUAGCUGCUUUUGAUGCCUGUCUUGGCUGUACGACUUCAUUUUCAUGGUUUGCAAUUGCUUCGAAUUCAGAUCAAUACGGUUCUAGUCUAGUGAAGACUUAUGGAGCAGUUAUAAGGUUUUAUGUACCUGCUCCGACAGGUAUUGAUCCAACACAAGAUGAUUUCGCGCAAGCAAUCAUGGGGAGGAAAGCUGACAUACCACCUCCAGGAGCAGUGAAACGACUCUGGGUGCCCAUAGCGAUUUGUUUUACUUCUAAUCUUCCGAUUGUUGGUAUAAUGGAGGCACUUCUACUUCGACUUUGUGAAGAAAUUUCAACGAUACAUAGUGGCCUUCAGUCUGGGAAGCUGGUUCAAAUUCAGGAAGCCGUUGCGAACAUAGUGUUAAAGUACCAAAAACCAAUUGCAGGGGCUGUCAAUUGUUCGGUUCCUUUCUUACCGGGAGACAGAUUUCUACUGUCGCUGCCGCCGCGUGAAGGACUUCCAAGUCUACCUCAUGGGCGGGCUCUAAUAUCGGUUUGUCGAUUGCUUGGUGCAGAUGGAUUGAAUUAUCUCCUUUCUGCUGUACUUACCGAAUGCAAAAUAUUGUUGCAUUCAGAAGACAUCGCUGAGAUUGCCAUGGUAGCUGAAGUUAUUACUGCUCUUACUUAUCCUUUCGCAUGGUCUCUACCGUACAUCCCUAUACUCCCUCUCGGGAUGAUCGAAUUUGUGGAGGCUCCACUAGCAUAUCUAUUAGGUAUGCCUACUUGUAACUUGAAAAUGAUUGAUCCUGGAGCGUUGGAGGAUACGGUAGUAGUUGAUUUGAACAAGGCAUUUUCUUCUGAAGAGUACUAUCUGGAGAAAUCAAAACCGAGAACAGCCAGUAAUAAACAUCCCGCUCUGCUGCCAACAUCAGUCGCAACAAAAAUAUCCGACGCGUUUUACAAAUUAUUACGUGAAGAAGACGAGAUGGAAGAACGCUACAGUGGAACCGAAUUUUUAGAACACAGCUUACCUCAUCUUGAAGAAGAAAGUCUUGCUGAGAGAGAAUUCAGAGUUACUGUUGCCAUUGAGAUAUGCGGUUUGUUGAGAGGGUAUCAAGAUUGUAUGGGAGCAGUUUUUGAUCGAGAUAAAUUUCUCAAGAGCUCACCCGCCUUGUAUGAAGAGAAGAGUGAGUAUAAAUUUGUUGGGGAAGGUUCAGGUAUUCGGAACGAAGUUUUGAAAACGAAAGUUAUGUCAUCACGGUCGAAACGAUUCCUAUCAUCGCUAGUAAGUGGGCAAAACUUCCAACAAUUAUUAGAGCGCUUGGAUAGUGACGAUGCAUUAUUCUUCCACGAAAUCUUAAAGGUAAUCGGUGAAUCUGCUUCGGAUAGAAUGCCUCCGAAGAGAACUUCUUCUGGCGAUUUUGGAUUGAGUCAAACAGAGAAAAAUGUUGAUUCUUUGAUCAAAUCGUUGCAGAAAGUCGAAGACAAAAUUCCCACCUUUUUGGUCAAAGUGGGAGGUGGUCUUGACACUGGAGAUGACGAAGACGAUAUCCCAUCAUCGUUAAUGUGGACCGAGAAUGAGUCUCAUCAGUUUGAUGCAUUGGACCAUGACACGCAUAUUAUGAACAUCGAAGAUCAAGACACAUCGACUUUUUCAUCGAACUUGUUAUCGUCUAUAAAGAUUGAAUCGGCAUCGAAGAUUUCGGAAUCAAGUAUGCAAGCUGUAUCAAUGGAAUAUUUGGCCAAACUGGAAACGACCCCAUGGGAAUACAACAAUUUUUUAAAUAUUUCAACGGAAGACAUGAAUACACAGGACAAGAUUAAGCUUCGAGAUGCAAUCGGGGAGAGAAGAUUUCGGAGUUGGAAGUUAGCUCGGUCGAAGACUUCGAAUAGUGACGAAGAUAUGGGGUUCUUUUCUCAAAGUACGAGAGAAUCUGCGAAGCAAGAAUCUGCUGUUGAUUUGACAGCUCUUGUGACUUCCGCCAAAAACGAUUCCACUGAUUCAUCUUCCUUAUCAUCUACUUCGAAUCAAUCUAGAAUGCCAUCUCAGACCCCAGCACAAGAACGUAUUGCCGCAGCAAAGAGUAGAGAUAUAAUUCGUCGCUGUAUGGACAGAGCCAAUACUGAUCAGAUCUCUAAAUCUGAUCAAAUCAAUCCAUUCAUAGAAAAUGGUCGAGACCUUAUGGCAGAGGCAGAGAAGGCUUUACGGAAUCCAUCCGCUCAGCUGUUUCUUAUAUCUAUUUUAGCGCAGAGAUCUCGACUAGAAAAUAAAAGAUCGAGAACAGCACGGCAUCAUUCCACUGCACAAAAUCCUGCAUCUCGCCUUGACGACGUUGCUUUCGAUUGCCUUGUUCGAUUGAGUUGCGCAAUGCUAGAUUCUUGCAUGGAAUACAAAGAAUACGAAAUGGCAUAUCGUUUGCUUACAAACUCCGCUGGUUUCAUCAUGGUUCAAGAAUUGGAUAAUUACGGCGAAUACGUUGCAGACGAAUAUGGUAAUGGUCAGUCAUUGAUAGUCAUCACGAUGACAUCAAGAAUCGGCUUGCAUCCAAUUUUUGCAGAUAUAAGAGUUUGGGAGACAGUCAUGACGUUGCACCUUCGUGAUCGGGAAACAGUAAAAAAAUCUGAUGAAUUUAGUUCGUAUAGUGCUGGUAGUGACUAUGAAGAAGAAGAGGAAGUAGUAUACGAUUCCGCUGUUGCAACGUUGUAUGAAAUGGUUGGUUAUGGUAUUCCUGGCGAGGAGCUUUCACGUUUCGCGAUGCGGGUUAGCCAAGAACAUGGUUGGUUUUGUGAUGAUCGCGGGAGGCAGCUCCUUAUGCUUGCGCGGAGGAUAAGUAUUCGCCGAGACCAAGCCGAUAUGAGCGGGGCGGGCAAUACGGGCGACAUAGACAUGGUUCGAAAAGGGCCUGACCUUAAUGAAGCAUUCGCAACCUUUCCUGAAGGAGGGGAUAGUACGGAAAGACCAGAUUUUGUUUGGAAAGAGGUUGGAUGGUGUCACCCUGCAGCUCCCUCGCGUAAAAAUUUGAUGAGACUCGAUCGUAACAGGAAACAAUUGCCGAUUGACAAAUUCAUGAAGAGGAAUCCUGUAACAGCGCUGGCAUCAUUCGGCUCAACUAUGGUGGCAAGUGGAGGACUUGACGGAGGUGUUUUUCUAGCUCACUUAUUAUCAGAUCAUUCUCUAACCUCUACUGCAAAUACUGAAGAUCUUCCCGAGGUCCGAGGAAUCCACUUGGACUGGGGAGUUACUAGUCGCCCAGGAUCGUCGUCAGACGGAGAAUACGGUGUUGGAGCAGUUAGCUGUUUGGCAGCAAUCUAUGGUGACACUUCGCAUACACACAGUGUGGGUUUCUCGAAAGAUGUGAAGGACCCGACUAAUGGCGUCGAUAUACUUGACUCUAUGGAGGGAAGCAAAAUCGUUGCCGGUACAACAGCUGGUGAUUUGAGAGUCUGGUCAGUGAAGGAUGUGUAUUCAUCAAUUGUAACGACGAAGAAUGACUCCGAACUUACAAGUGGCCAUGGUGCGUCAAGAUUGAAAUAUUCGCUUCGAGGAAGGGCGUUAGCGGGACACCGUGGAGGAGUUACUUGCAUCGAUGUUCCAUCCCAAGUAUAUCGUCCGGAUUCUUUUGUCACCGGAGGUGCAGAUGGUUCGAUUAAGCUUUGGAAUUUGCGGGCUCCUACAGGGAAUCGACGGAAUAAUAACUCCGGCUCCAAUGGUUAUGAUUCAAAUGAUGGGUCAGGCCAACAUCAGCGUGGACGGAUGGGAGAUGCACUCAAUACAUUAAGCGGCCAUGAUGGUCGUGUUCUCUCGAUAACAACAGCAUGGCAUGGCGACCAUCUAUUGAGUGGGGGAGCUGAUCGGUCCAUUCGCGUUUGGGAUCUUGGUUCGAGCGGUGGCAAAUGUUUACACAAAUUGUUUGGUCACUUUGGUUGGGUCACAAACGUGCAAUAUUGGGGACCAAAUACGAUAGUUUCCGCUUCGACAGAUCGAUCCGUGGCACUAUGGGAUGCACGAGUUCGAAGUUCUCCUCUUUUUAUCCUUCGAAAUCACUCAUCUCCUAUAUCAGAUCUUUUGGUCGGUUCCAGAACUGACCCUUACAUGGUGAGUGCUGCCGCAGAUGGGACAAUUGCUACUUGGGAUUUUAGGUCCCUAUCGGAGACGACAAAUACCGAAGAACGAGGGAAAUGUAACAAGGGAUGCAAGAUUAUAAGAAUGCCAUCUGCGUCGAUGCAUCAGACUACGACCAGAAAGAAAGUUGCUGUAGGGUCCAUCCAUUUGGCAAGAGAUGUCACGGAUCCGAUGAACUCGUUCAUGAGCGUCGGGUCUGAUGCUAUACUGAGAAAAUGGAAUAUUGCCUCAGGAAACAUGUUGGAGGAAUCGCCUACUGGGCACUGCGACAGAAUUACGUGUUUUAGUUCCUUUUCACAGAACCAUGGAUUUGGAACAAAACCGGCCAAUAUUAUCAACUCAACAGUGGAAGAUGGCAUCGAUGCUCAGGAUAAAGGGUUUUUGACAACCUCUUUGGAUGGCACAAUUCGAAUGCGCAAAUUGAUUGGAAAGAGUGACUGUUGAAGAACGAACAUUGGUCUAGUUCCAAACUCUUUUGUUGGUUAAAAUAAAAAUGACAGGCAAAACUUGUGAUAGAUAUUGAUUAAAAUAAUGGGAUUUAGACAACAAUGACUUCUAUUUUGGUCUCUGGGAUAAUGCUAUGGGCAAUUCGAUCCAAACUUGGUUUUUCUUUGAACAUGACCGAAUUAUAUAAUAUUUCCCAACCCAGACUGCUUCAUCAGUUUCCGUUUGUUCUACUAGUAGCAGAUCUUGAACGAUUCGCCAUGGCAUCCAACGGCAAAAAACGAGCCACUACUGAAGACCGAACACACGGAAUUCUAUCGUUAGCAAAUGUAGAAUUCAAUGCAUAAGAAGCGCCAGAGCAUUGCACCAUUUAGUAAUUUUUGGAAGUAGAAAUAAUGAGAGGAAAAUGAGAAUCAAGUUUACCGUCAAACCACGUAUUGCUUUCCAAUCACCCAAAAUUUAUACCUAACAAGAGACUCCUCACGAAUGACUUACUAAGGAAAGGAGACUAAAGACACAAUUACAGGACAUAACAGAGAAGAAACCAUUGACUGUCAAGAGGGAAAAUGCGGUGUUCACGGCCAAUAAAGAGAACAACCCGUUGAUGGCAUAGGCGGAAAAGAAUCCAUUUCUGCAUGAUUUCGCCUUGUAGUUGUACCAUGAACCACACUUUUUGCCGCCUUCGGAUCGAGUGCACCACCCAUCGGUGCUGUAAAUUGCGUCGCAGGGAGGUACAGUAGGUUCACAAGAUCCAC